AUUACUAGACCGGACAGAGAUAACCCGUUUUAUUUAGUAUUGUCCAAGAUCUUCGAUUUAUUCUUCAGUACAGUACAUAAUUCCAAUUUAUUUAUUUUUCUACAAAACACCAUGCUCUUGCUUUUCCUCUUCCUUUCUCGAUCAGAACCCUAAGCCACUCACCGAUACAAGAGAAGCGCCGCCGCCGCCACCUCCUCUACCGUCGCAAUCCAUUUUCAGCAAAACCCUUCUUCUCUCUCACCAAAGCAAAGUAAUCCCCAACACGGCACUAACCGCAGUUUCUCAACUUCAAAGAAACACAAAGACGCACAAUGGCCGGUGGUCGAUUCCGCGAGCUGAUGAAGAAGUACGGAAAAGUCGCACUCGGCGUUCACCUCGGCGUCUCCACGGCCUCCAUCACGGGCCUCUACGUCGCCAUCAGAAACAACGUCGACGUCGAAGCCAUCCUCGAGAAGUUCCACAUGGGCACCGUCUCCGACGAGCAAAACCCUAAGCCUAAUCCCGACGCCGUCCAAGAUGCCGCCGCGCCGCCCAAGAACCGGACGGCUCAGCUCGCCGCCUCCGCCGGCGGCGCCUUCACGCUCGCGAUCCUCUGCAACAAGGCGCUGUUCCCCGUCCGUGUUCCCAUCACCCUCGCCCUCACCCCUCCCAUCGCGAGGUUCCUGGCGCGGAGGAACAUCAUCAAGACCGGUGUAUGAUUACUUCGCUUCGGGGUGUGUAUUGUGUUCUUGUUUCUCGUGGAUUAGACCUGAAAGUGGAAUAAUGAGAGUUUUUUUAAUUUGUCAAGAACUAGUUUUUCUGCUUAAUAAAGGUCCUGGUAUAUGCUUAGUUUCGUUUUGUUGCUGGUUGGAGUUAUUAUUGGGUGAGAAUUAGAAUUUCAAUGGAAUGUUGGGUUUUAUAAAAUAAAAUUUUGUGACAAUUACUAGGAUGGGGCAUGUAACUUGUGUCUUGUUCGUUUUUAAGGUCAUGGUUUACUUUAGACAUAAAUUUGGAAUAGGAACAAAAGCUUCUAUUAAUGAAUUUGCUUUGACUUCACAA